AUGGCAUCCCUUCAAAGUUACCUUAGUACAACAACUAAGAGAUGUAUACUAUGGACUGAUGAAUCAAAAUUCAUGACAAAUGGAAUCUUGAAUCGUCAUAAUGCUCAUUACUGGACUGAUGAAAAUCCUCAUUGGAUGAGAGAAUCUAAAUUUCAAACCUUUCAUGGAGUAAAUGUUUGGUGUGGGAUUAUUGGCGAUCAAUUAAUAGGUCCAUAUUUUUACAGUGGAACACUAACUGCUCAAAAAUAUCUUGAGUUUCUUCAGAAUACACUUCCGAUACUACUAGAAAAUGUACCACUAGCAACUCGUCAACAUUUAUAUUUCCAACAAGAUGGUUGUCCUGCACACAAUGCUUAUCUGAUUCGACAUUAUUUAAAUGAAAUGUUUCCUGGAAAAUGGAUUGGUACCCAUAGCUCUAUACCUUGGCCGCCUAGAAGUCCAGAUCUAACAUGUUUAGAUUAUUUUUUAUGGGGAUAUUUAAAAAAUAAG